GGCUGGUUCCUUCGAUCUUGAGGAAGGUCCCGAUCCAGCAGAAGUAUUACGAUAUUUCAUUAGGUUUGUAUUGCACUUGAAAACAGUCUACGCACAGCAGUCCAGCUCGUCGUCACACCUUCUUGACCAAAAUGAACGUAGCAAAUGCAAGGCCAGGAGGCGAAGUCGACGCCGGCAGCUCUUGAAAGCCAGAGAGACUGCUGCAUCUCGUUAUGAACUUUCACCCGCAGCUUUGGAAACACUACGUCUUUUAGGGGUCGACGGAAUGUCGAGCGAGGAGAGUGAAGGAGAGGUUGGUAAAUCAGAUCGCCAAUAUCGGAUCAAAAUACUCCCUUGGCGUUCCACCACACUUACAAAGUGGUUGCAUACCCUUGACCAGCUUCCUUCCAAUCAAAUCCCAACCUCAAAACCCCGACCAAGACGGACUCGAAUCCCAACCGAGUUGAUGUCUGAGAAUCGUACACCUCCGAUGUGCUUGCCUACCCCAUUCUUUGAUCAAAACUGGCUCAAUUCAAUAUCGGGUCGUUAUCGGGCCACCCUCGAGCUCACGAACAGAGAGAUCACCUUACCAAGUUUGGCUCCUUACGGGCCCUUGUUGCAAUUUUGUAAUGUUGAAUGGAAAAUUAGGGGGAGAUCUAAUGUACAAUACUACUGGAAUACUAUUUGGCUAUCUCCUACGUUUAAUCCCGAGUUUCGUGUAUGA